AUGGACGAUCUAGAAACGACCAUCUUGGAGGCUAGAAAGGCUGUUGAGGCCGCGUCGAAUGAUGACCCAGAUUGGAGCAACCUACUAGCAACACUUGCGGUCCGACUUGGAGACAAAUGCACAGCCACCAAAGACAGGGACCACCUCGAGGAAGCCAUUCGCAUUUGUCGAGAAGCUGUCGAUGCAACAGAGAGCGAUCAUGCGGAUCGCAUCAACCGCCUGAUUUUUCUCGUCUAUUUACUCAAUGACAAGUUCAUGUUGGCUGGUGAGAUGGAUGACUUGGAUGAGUCCAUCUCGGUAGCUCAAUGUGCCGUUGCUGAAAUGCCAGAAGGCCAUCCACAAUUUUUGAUAGGCUUGACAACACUCAGCCACCGUCUCAGAGACAAGUUUGCGAGAAUAGGAGCCGCCCCCGAUCUCGAAAAGGCCAUCGCUGCUUCAAGUCAAGCCUUGGAGGCUAUGCCAGACAAUCAUCAGGAUCGGCCGGAACAGUUAGGAGAACUUUCGAAUUUGCUCGCGAGCAGAUACUCAAGCACGGGAGCCAUGGAGGACCUUGAGAGAGCCAUUCAGAUGGUGAAAAAUGGCGUCGAUUCAAUGGGUCACGGCAAUGACUCCCAGAAACCCUUGUUCUUACAACAUCUUGGAGGCUUGCUUGGGCUCAAAUCUCUGAGAACUGGCUCAUUGGCCGACCUUGAGGAAGGUAUUCGGGUUGUCGGAGAGGCUGUAGCGAUGCCCUUGAGCGGCAAUGACAACAGAGGGGUUAUCCUGAACGCCCUCGGCCAUCUGCUGGCAAGCAGAUAUGCUGUUACUGGGGCAUUGGCGGAUCUCAACGAGGCCAUUUCCCUGACGAGGCAAACAGUUGACACACCAUGCCACAACCAGACAGUCUUGUCUCAGAGACUGGGGAAUCUCGCAGUGCAGCUUCAGCAGAGGUUUCUGAGGACAAAGGCGGCAGCCGAUCUCGAGGAAUCCAGUCAGCUCUCCAAGAGGGCCAUGGAGAUGCUUCCAGAUGACCACCCAGAUCAGUCAAGGCAUCAACAUGAUCUUGGGAUCAAGCUUGCGCGCAAAUUCACCAUCACAAACAACAUGGCUGAUCUUGACGAGGGUAUUCGAUCUAUCAGGCUCGCACUUGAGGGGAUGCCUCACGAUCAUUCCAACAGAGCAGUUUACUUGCACAGUCUGGCCAACGGACUAAUCCAAAAGGGCUCGGAGACCUUUGAGCCUACAGAUGUCAAUGAGUGGAUUGCUUCUUGGGGUAGGGCACCUCGCCGCCUGUGCAGUGAACAAAACAGGGGACGGGCUCUGCAUCAACCCAAUGCACCGACCCUUUGCCGUAUCCAGGCUUGUAUAUCUCUACUGUCCAUCAACCCAGAUUGGAAAGAAAGCUUGAAGGCGGCCAAGCUCGUCAUGGCCCUUCUUCCUCGUCUUACACCACGAUCACUCGACAACGAGGAUAGACAGAACUCACUGAGCGAGAUUGCUGGCCUGGCCUCUGAUGCAGCGGCAGUGGCAAUACAGUGUGAAGAUGUCGCCGCUGCCCUGGAUCUACUUGAACAGGCUCAAGGUUUACUUGGAGCUUCACUCGAAGAGAUACGGACGGAUGUCUUGGAUUUACGAGAGGCCCUGCGGCGCUACGAUGCUGGAAAGGAGUUUGAUAAGCUUGUUGAGCAUGUCCGCCAACUUCCCAAUUUCAACGAUUUCCUACGGGCGCCGGGAAUGGCAGCGAUGCAAGAUGCCACAGACCGAGGUCCCAUUGCGAUCGUCAACGCCAGUGUGAUCCACUGUGAUGCUAUUCUCAUACUGCAGGACCGCAUCCAGACCAUAUCAUUGACCGGGCUAUCUCUACAUACUAUCGAAGAGAAGGUGUUGAUUGGUGAUCGUGGAAGCCCCGAGGUUCUCGAAUGGCUAUGGGACACUGUGACAGGCCCGGUCCUGGAUGCCCUCGGCUUCUCGCAACCUCUUUCGGAAGAUGAUGAAUGGCCUCACAUUUGGUGGAUUCCUACUGGCCUUCUUCGACAAUUCCCUCUGCAUGCGGCGGGAUAUCACAGAGAACGAAGGACUGAGGCAGUGAUUGACAGAGUCAUGUCCUCGUAUGGCUCGUCUGUUAAAGCAAUCUUACGUGGCCGCGAGCGUCAUGUAUCACCCAAGGGAGCGACCAACGCGAUUCUUGUCGCGAUGGAACACACUCCAGCACGUUCGAACCUUCCCUUUGCUGAUGCAGAAAUCAAGGUCGUCAGCAGUCUUUGCGCUUCAAUGGGACUCAAUGUUGUUGAGCCUCAUCGGCUGAAGGAGGAGGUGAUGACAGGGUUGCAAAGCAGCAUGAUCUUUCACUUUGCUGGUCAUGGGUCUACAAACCAAGACGACCCGUUGGAGAGCUUCUUGUGCCUGGAGGAUGUCAGGUCAAACCCCCUGAGAGUGGCCGAUCUUCUCAGUCUCAACCUCAAGGAGAACCCCCCUUUUCUUGCAUACCUCUCGGCGUGCGGGACCAGUCGUAUCCAACAAGAGCGGCACAUGGAUGAGAGCAUGCACUUGGUCAGCGCAUGUCAGCUUGCAGGAUUCCGUCAUGUUGUUGGCACCUUAUGGGAGGUCAAUGAUGAAAUAUGUGUCGAGAUGGCCCGGAUCACAUAUGAGGGCAUUAGAGAUGGGAAGAUGACUGAUGAGUCUGUAUGCCGUGGCCUUCAUGCGGCAAUUCGGAGGCUCCGAGAUAGUUGGCUAGACGAGCUACAACGAGAGGGGAGCAACAGGGAGGACAUGCUUGACAUGCUGGGCAGAGACGCUUCUUUGGCCAUCAUUCAGAAGUUCAGGAAGGCACCUUCUCCGAGUUGGGUUCCUUUUGUACAUUAUGGGGUGUAG